AUGCUUCAGGUGUGCUAUCAUAUUGGAGUGUUUAUAUCACGCUCAUCUACUAACGUGGUAACACUGAAUCUGCUUUGCCUCUCGCUUACUGCCAUUAUUCAGACUUCUUUUGCCACCAUAUUCUUCUUCACUGCCAUAUAUGCUUUUAUUCCACACUUUGGUAUCGUCGCCUUCAUGAUGUUCACAGUAGGUAUCAUCGGAGGAGCUAACUAUGCAAACACAUUCUACCACAUCCACAGAAAGGUGGAUCCCACAAUUCGCGAAUUUGCCCUAUACGGUUACUUUUGCCGACACCAUCGGAAUCCUUGCAGCGGCCCUCGCAGCUAUACCACUACAUAA